GGAGGGGACGGUGGCAUUCACAACAUCUCAGCCGCCCAGGGGGAGGCUCCUGCAGCCCUAUCUCGAGGUGGAGCACAAACAACCCCAGGAUUUCUGCUGAGCAGAGACAUUCCUGUCCCAUGGGGGGAGCAGGCACCCUCUGCCCCAGUGCCCGGGCUGUGCCGGGGCUCUGCGAGGUGGUGGCACUCGGGGUGGCACUGGGUUUCCCUGCUCCCCAGGGGGCUGCUCCCCUCUGGGGGGGUUUCUGCUUUACCCUCAGACCAUUGCUCAUCGGUGUGCAGAGGGAGAGCCUUUGCUCUUACAGGGCUGGGGCAUUUGGGGAACGCUGCAGCACGGGGGGCACUACCCACACACGUCCCCAGCGGCGCGUGCAGCCCUCCAGCGCCCAGCUCCUAUCUGCCUUGUUUGGGGCUCACUGUCACCUUGGGCAGGGCUCCAGCUGCAUGUGCUGCAAGCAGGAGGGGUGAAGGCCACCGCUGCGGGGACAGCACUGCUCUCCUUGCUGGGUCCUUCUUUCCCAUGUAGCUCCUGGGACGCGAUCUGUCUUUACUCCCUUUUUUCUUUCUAGUUAACCCCAUAACUGCAGCCCCUGGGUUGGUGCUGCUGGCUUAUCCAGAAGGAAGCAGGAAUGUCAAGUCCCCAUGGCUUCGGUGGGGACAUUCUGGCAGGAGGGUGGGAGCACCUGGGGGGGACUUUGCUUUCAGUGCUCUCCUGGGGCAGCUGAUGGGGUUCACCUGCAGCUCCUGUGCUGCUACAAAUGCUGCUGCAAGCUGCAGGCAGCAGAGCCUUGGGUGGAAGCACAGGGGCACCCCCAACCCCCACAGACCCAGGUUGCUCAAUGGGGGGGCAACCCAAAACCACACCCCCCUCGGUCCCAUCCAGGCUCUGGGUGGGCUGUGCCUGUUGGCUGCUGCCAGCUCCCUGCCCACCCAGCCGUGCUAUUUAAGCAGGGCAGUGCGUGGGGUGGAUGGGUGCAGGAUGGAGGGGUGGGGGUGGUUGCUGGUGCUCGGGGCUGCUGUGCUGCUGGGAGCAGAGAGCAAAGCCCCUCUGGAGAGACCCACAUUUGGGGACAUCUACCAUGUCAAAGGAGCCAUCAGCCUGCCCUAUGCCGAGAUCAGGGAGCCCUUUGAAGCCUGGUACAACCUCACCGGGGGGAAGAGCCGCAUCGAGUACUACGGCGGCCAAGUGGUCACGUUCCAGUUCGGCUCCGUGGGGCCCUUCGGUGCCAGCUUCAAGGUGACACCGGAGACCACGGAGACGGAGGUCAACGUCCGCAAGUGUUUCCGCAUCAACGGCACCGACAGGGAUCCCAUCGCCCCACAGAGCGUCUUCCCCAGCCUGGAGCACUUCAGGUGGGUGCGGGAGGAGCGGUUCCGCGGGCAGCACUGCGCCGUAUGGCAGAACGUCUCCUACUGGGGCCAUAAGAAGAACGUCUACACGCUGCGGGUGGGCAGCUCGGCGCGAGGCCCCGUGCCCCUGCACUACGAGGUGCGGGGCUACAACAGCCUGCUGGGCUCCCACUACGACAAGUACGAGAUCGAGUACAGCGCCUUCGGGCACCGCUUCGCCCCCAGCGUCUUCCAGCUCCCGCAUGGUGAGCGGCCGCUGCCACCCCAGGGCCCUGCUGGGGGCUUUGGGAACUACGCGUGUGAUGGGGGUGAGGAGUGGCGAGCCUACGAGUGGAUCAAGAAGCACGGCGGCAUCGCCAGCACCGAGUCCUAUGGGCCCUACCUGGGGCAGAAUGGCUACUGCCACUACAAUCAGUCGGAGCUGGUGGCCCCACUCGUUGGCUACGUCACCGUGGAGCCGGGCAGUGCUGAAGCUCUCAAAGCUGCGCUGUUCAAGCACGGCCCCGUAGCUGUGAACAUCGAUGCCUCGCACAAGUCCUUCGCCUUCUAUGCCAACGGGGUCUACGAGGAGCCCCGCUGUGGGAAUGAGACAUCAGAUCUGGACCACGCAGUGCUGGCUGUGGGCUAUGGCGUCCUGCAUGGCAAGAGCUACUGGCUCAUCAAGAACUCCUGGUCCACCUACUGGGGCAACGACGGCUACAUCCUCAUAGCCAUGAAGGACAACAACUGCGGCGUGGCCACCGCUGCCUCCUUCCCCAUCCUGGCCUGAUGGGACGAUGGGACAGCCCCACACGUGCACUGUUCCCACUGCAUCCCUCUAUGCAGGCGAGGGGCUGGCAGAGGGACACAGGGCUCUGCGAGGGGGCUUUGGGGCAGUGGGGGGCAGCCCUGCUGGGAGGGCAGACGAAGCUCUGUUGAGGCAUUUUAUCAUCACAGCAAUAAACAUCCAUAGAGAAGUGAUCCUGUCCAUCCUGCUGGGUGCGCUCUGUCAUCCCCCGACCCGGCCCCAACACCCAGCCCUUACACCCGAUAGCAUCCCCUUGUAUCUGUGCACAUGCACGGGCUGCAUCCUCCCCAAAAAUGGGCUGGGGUGGCAGACAGCAGCCCUGCCCCACAGCUUCACCCUUACUCUGCCCAGCAAACGGCCGGGGGGAGCCGCUGCGCUCCCUCACCGUGGGCAGCACCGUGGAGCCGCGUCCUUCCGUGAUUGCUCCCGAUUGAGGGUGGCAGGUCAUAAUAUUUUCUUGUUUUCCUUCCCUUGUUCACCUGCUUAUUUUACAAUUUGCUGCACUGAUUUCUGAAGUGGUCUUUAAUCAUUCCCAGCAGGGGUGCUGACUUGAAUUCACGUCUGGGAGAGAAACGAUCACCGCGCAGGAAUAAUGUGGUUUAUUCCGUGGGAGUCUGGGUCUCCAGAUCUUUGAUUCUCUCAGCUGCAGUCAAUAAAACACGCUUUGACUUUCAGGGAACCGUGACUUUCAGGCUCCCUUUGGAUGGGUGAUGCUGUGAAUCUGCUGCUGAACACGCAGGAGGCUCCGGGAGCUGCAGGCUAUGCACCCCCAGAAGCAUUCAUCAGGAGCUGAACAUUUUGCAUUUGCGGCACUGGGGAGAGCAGAGGCUCCAAGUGGGGGUUGUUGAGCACGGAGGGGACUUUAAAUAAAGGUCGGUUUGUUUUGUUUGGGAAAGGACUUAGGAUGGAGGCGGCUGAGGUCUGCUGCUGCAGAACUGUCAUCCCCAGAGCAGAUCUGGGGGAAA